AUGCCUACCCUCUCGACCACCCAACUUUCGGACCAUAUAAAGGUUACAACGCUUCCCAGAUUGCCAAUACCGACCCUCGAAGAUAGUCUGAAACGAUAUUUGGACCGCUUGUAUCCUUUGCAAAGCUCUGAACAGCAUUCCAAAACAAAAGCCGCAGUUUUGAACGACGAUAACGUUCGUUUUCUGUCACAUCUGAAUCAAGAAUUACUGCAUUACGACCAGGAACUUCAACUUGAAAAUCCCAACUCCUCCUAUAUCGAAAAAUUCUGGUACGAUGCGUACCUGCAGUUUGAUGAGUCUGUAGUGCUCAACGUGAAUCCGUAUUUCGAGCUCCAAGAUGACCCGACGCUACGUCAAUUGGGCCAAACCGGCCCUUAUGGAGAUUUGUCGCGACUUGUUCGCAGAUCUGCCAGACUAGUACUCUCUACCAUCUCGUUUAUCAAAGAAAUACGGUGCGGGACACUGAAAGCGGAUACUGUGCGUGGAGCCCCGCUGUCCAUGGACCAGUAUGAUGUGCUUUUUGGUUCCGCGCGCAUUCCACCUGAGAGCGCAGGCCGUUCUUGUCGACUGCAGACUAGCGUGGACUCCAAACAUAUGACUGUCAUAUGUGGCUACCAAUUCUAUUGGUUUGAUGUACUGGAUGACCAGCACAACCCGAUCUUCGCUCCGCAAGAAUUGGAGCGUGUCUUGUAUGCCAUUGUUAAGGAUGCAGAGAGAAAUGGGAAUGAAGGCUCCGAGCGCCACUAUCCGUGGGGUGUGUUCACAACAGAAAACCGCUCUGUGUGGGCCAACGUCAGAAACUACAUCAUGAAGUCACCAAACUCUACCAAUACGAAAAAUCUGCAGAUCAUUGAUAGUGCCCUGUUUGCCCUGUGUCUGGACAACGUAAUAGUCGAAAAACCUGAAGACUUAGUUCAGGAAAUGCUAUGUGGUACCUCUGAUGUUAAGCUGGACGAAACUUCCGGCAAUGUCGACUAUAAAUCUGCCACGGGAGUACAGCACGGUACAUGUCUCAAUAGAUGGUAUGACAAGCUGCAGUUGAUUGUCACCCGAAAUGGGAAAGCUGGUAUUAAUUUUGAGCACACCGGAGUCGACGGACACACAGUGUUGCGACUAGCAACUCAUAUUUUUACAGAGUCCAUCUUGUUAUUUGCCCAUAGUAUCACAAGACCAAAAUCAAGUCGUUCCGCAGCUUCCAGCAAGAGUGAAAGUGACCUCAGUGUUACUGUUCCUCGAAAAUUAGAAUGGGAGACUGAUAAUUACCUUUUAUCAUCAUUGCAUUUUGCAGAGACCCGGCUGUCUGAUCUUCUUUCACAAUUUGAGUUUGCUAGACUCGAUUUCUCAGACUACGGUUCAGGGAAAAUAAAGUCUAUGUUUAAGGUUUCGCCCGAUGCGUUUGUGCAGAUGGCUUUGCAGGCUGCCUUCCAUGCGCUUUAUGGAAAAUUUGAGGUGACCUAUGAACCUGCUAUGACCAAGAAGUUUCAAAACGGACGAACAGAAGCCAUCAGAAGCGUUUCUGAGGAAUCGAAACAAUUUGUUGAGGCCUUCAAUGGUCGGGAUGUCCCUGCAUUGCGCCUGAAGAAACAUUUUCAGGCUGCUUGCGAGAAGCACUCUUCUGUGACACGAGAGUGUGCAGCUGGGAUGGGACAGGAUCGGCAUUUAUAUGCGUUGUUUUGCAUCUGGAAGGAACGAUUUCAGAAGUCCAUGCCCAAGCCAGCAAUUUUCCAGGACGAGGGUUGGACCUUGCUUAACACGAGCGUCAUCAGCACAUCGAAUUGCGGCAACCCGAGCUUGCAAGCAUUUGGUUUUGGGCCUGUAUGUGCUAAUGGAUUUGGGAUUGGCUACAUUAUCAGGGACAAGAGCAUGACUUUUGUGGUAUCGUCCAAACAUAGGCAAACUACCAGACUGGUCGUGCUACUAAGGCGGUUUUUGGACGACAUUCAACAAGUCUAUAGACAAUAG